AUGUCUGAUAAUAUAAAUCUACCAGAGUGCGAAUGGGGAUAUUCAAUAACGAAUUGUAACUAUGAUUCAGCAUUACAAGCGUUUUACAUAUGCUCCGACAUACUUUAUUUAAUAGUAACGGUUGGUGCGGCAGCGUUACUAGCAUUUAGAAUUAUAGUGCGUAAGGGUCAAAUUUGGAAGGAACGAUGUUUUUCACCUUUAGAAGGUUACUUAUUGGGAAUCAUCAUAUUCGGCGCCGCACGUACAUUUACGAAUAUUGUUCAACAGAUGGAUUGGUUUUCGAAUAAUCCAAUAUUGAGAGAGGUUAUUUAUGACUUUAGUUGGUUUCCGGGUGAUUUAACGAUAGCCACGUAUUUGACGGGAAUAUUCAGAACCCUACCAAAAAUGUCAUUUUACAGAUUCUCCAAUCAAAACACGCCCACAAUCUUUUUGCUCAAAGAAUCACAAAUCACAAGUAUAGCAAGACUUCACAUACCACCGCAUACCCCAUCAAAAUUCCUUUGUUUGAUAUUUGGUUUUCAUUGGGCUGGUUACGGUUUGGUACAUUUAUGUUUUGUGAUGACCGCAGCUUAUUAUGGCAAAAUUUUGGUCGAGUUAACCAAAAAUAGUUUUACGUUGGCCGGUGGUAAUGAUGAAGAAAAUAUUACAGGUAAGGAUAGCAUCAAGUUGGAUGAAUACAAUGGUAAUGGUGGUAAUGGUGAAUACGUGAGGAGCGAAACGUUUAAUUCGGAAGGAAAUAGUAGUAGAAAGUUAACAAAAAACGAAUGGCAAAAUUUAAGGAUAAUUCAAAACAUAAGAAAGUCAACCAAAUAUCAGCAAAUCGUUUUUCUUUCUCACAAAUAUCACCACUCCAUUAUGUAUGCUCGUCGCCUUGGCAGGCAUUCUACAGGCAGAAAUAUACCCGGGAACUUAUGA